AUGGACGACUCAACUGCUAGAUCUGCCUUGGACUCGUUCGAGAUCAUUACUACCUCCGGCAUCCUCCUUUGGUCAAAGAAGUAUGCACCAGUCAACCCGAGCGUCGUCAACAGCUUUAUCAGUGAUGUCCUGAUUGAGGAGCGCGUCCAGCCUGGCACGGACGGGAAAUACUACAAGAAAGAUUCGUAUAUGCUCAAGUGGACCACUGCGAACGAUUUUGGCCUGAUCUUCAUUGCUGUCUACCAAUCGCUUUUGCAGCUCACCUGGAUCGACGAGCUUCUGGACACUGUCAAGAAGUUGUUUACAACCCUUUACGGCGAACAGCUUAAGAAGCCGCAUACAGCCACUAUUGAAUGUCACUUUGACGACUAUUUCAAUUCCAGGAUCAGCGAGCUUGAGAGGAAAGCUGGAGGACCGCGACCUAUCAUUUCUGCCCCCGUCAUUGAGCAAGCCAAGGAUGACGGAAAGUGGGAUGCACCACCGCCGCCCCCCAUCCCGGGGAUUCUCAAGGCGCCACCGAGACCAGGCUCUCCAGCCAUUGCGAACAGCGCUCUUAUGAGACCGGGAACUCCGGAAUCUCGUUCAAAGUCACCUGCUCCGGCUAGUCAUCUUCUUGCUGGGACUAGGCGCCCUGCCCGUGGUCGCCGGGGGGGAAACUCUGCGCAUGCUUCGAGCGGCGAGGAGAAAUCGCCUGCGCGUAAUAGUAAGAAGGGGGGCAAGAAGUUGCGCAAGUGGGAUGCGGACGGGAAUGCAGAUGAGGAGGAUGGCGCCGUGUUGGAUUACUCCGCUCCUGGUGUUUCUACAGACGAGGACACCGAUCACGGGUCGCGAAAGAUGGAUUAUAUUGAGCAGAAGGAAUGGGGUACCAAGACUUCAAAGGGAGAGUUCGUGUUGAAAGAUCUAGAUAUGGAGGUAAACCAGAUACUGAAAGAGGCGGAGGAAAAGGAUCGGGCAAGCAACACUGCAAGCUCUGGUUAUGGGGCUUUCGGCUUUUUCCGGAACAUUGUGGGUGGUAAAACAUUGACAAAAGCGGAUCUCGAGAAGGCUAUGACUGCCAUGCAAGAACAUCUUUCAAAGAAGAACGUUGCCCGAGAAGCUGCGGUCCAGGUUACUGAAUCAGUAGAGAAAUCCCUUAUCGGCCAAAAGACUGGAUCCUUCCAGUCGAUUGAGGCAACUGUUAAGGCUGCUGUCGAGGCUUCACUCCGCAAGAUUCUUACACCCACAAACUCACUCGAUCUCCUUCGUGAGAUCCAAACCAAACGCAGUGGGUCAUCAAAGAGGCCAUACGUUAUCUCCAUUGUCGGAGUAAAUGGUGUCGGAAAGAGCACAAAUCUCUCAAAGAUUUGCUUUUUCCUCUUGCAGAACAAGUUCAAAGUUCUGAUUGCCGCUUGUGAUACCUUCCGUUCUGGCGCAGUUGAGCAACUCCGCGUCCAUGCUAGAAACUUGAAGGAGCUGUCUGAGCGUGAGGGUGGUGUCGUAGAGCUCUAUGAGAAGGGCUACGGAAAGGACGCCGCAAACAUCGCGAAGGACGCCGUGGCCUUUGGUGAGGCUGAGGGCUUCGAUGUUGUUCUCAUCGACACUGCCGGAAGGAGGCACAACGACCAGAGGCUUAUGAGCUCUUUGGAGAAGUUUGCGAAGUUUGCGGAGCCGGAUAAGAUUUUGAUGGUUGGAGAGGCGCUUGUCGGGACCGAUUCGGUGCAGCAGGCAAGGAACUUUAAUGCUGCAUUUGGGAAUGCUAGGACGCUGGAUGGGUUUAUCAUUAGUAAAUGUGAUACAGUUGGCGAUAUGAUUGGGACACUCAUCAGCAUGGUCUUCGCUACAGGAAUCCCGGUGGUGUUUUUGGGAACUGGUCAGAACUAUCAAGAUUUGAGGACGCUGAACAUUGCCUGGGCCGUCAAGUUGCUCAUGUCGUAA